AUGUUGAGCAAAUGGACUAGCAAUAGUGCCAUCGUCCUCGAGUCUGUUUCUCCCGAUGACCGCGUGCUGUCUAUAUCGUUCGACCCGCGCGAAGAACACGCCGUAAAGGUACUAGGUUUGCAUUGGGACCCGAUUACCGAUAAAUUUGCCUAUCAUACGAGUCUUAACCAAAUUUCAUCGACGAAGCGCCAGGUGUUGUCCGUCAUUGCGCGUUUGUUCGACCCUAUCGGCGCCUUAGGCCCUAUGCUUUUAUGGGUAAAAUAUUUUAUGCAGCGAUUAUGGUGCGAUAAGCUCGGGUGGGACGACCCGAUGUCCCCCGAACUGCAAUCUAUGUGGCAACAAUUUUGCACUGAGCUUCCGCUUGUAUUCGACCUAAAUCUUCCACGUCACAUCGACGUCAUCUGUCAUCAGGACGUUCAGCUAUUGGGUUUCGCGGACGCAUCGAUCAAAGGAUAUGCGGCGGUUGUGUAUCUCCGUUUCAUCAACGCCGCCGGUGACAUUUCCGUCAAAUUCAUCACCUGUAAAACCAAGGUCGCUCCUCUGAAGAGUGCAGCCGCCAACGAGUCGCUUUCCAUACCUCGCUUGGAAUUAUGCGGGGCCCUGCUGCUGGCCCAGACACUUCAUCACGUUCAAUCUGUGCUGUCCACCGAAGUGUCUAUAUCUCGUCUGCGCGCGUGGUCGGACUCGUCAGUUGUUCUUUCGUGGUUGACCGCGGACCCUAAACAAUUUAAAAUAUUUGUGACCAAUCGGGUCGCUAAAAUACUUCAGUUAUUACCGGAUUGCGUGUGGAAUUAUGUAUCAACGCACGAUAAUCCUGCAGAUCCAGCAUCCCGUGGACUUAUGCCAAAAUUAAUGUUGUCCUCGUCCAUUUAUUGGGACGGUCCGGAGUUCGUACGACUUCCCGAAGACCAAUGGCCGCCGUCGAAAUUUACACCGCUCGUUUCGAGCCAGUUGCCUGAAACUCGGCCUAAUGUUGUCUCGAUGUUGGUCGCCAACGCUCAUCCGUCUUCGUUGGAUUUUAUUGGUAAAUUUUCGUCGCUCGGUAAAAUGUUACGAGUGUUAUCUUACGUCACGCGAAUAUCUGUCCACAUUGCAAAGUCGUCACAAAUGGUUCAAGACGUCUCCGAAUAUGUCGAUUGGCGACAUGGUCAUUGUUGA